AAUAGACAAGGAGCAUUGCGUCAUUUACUACAAUAGUUCUAUUUCAUUUCCAUCAGCUUCUUGUUUCCCAAUUCCCAGUCUAGUACUUUCACACAGCUUCUCUUCCACUUUCUACACUAAACGAAAUCAUGGCAGCAUGGACGGCGGCGGCUCGUCAAGCGGCGAACCUGGCUCGAAUUUGCUCUCCGAAAGUUGCUACGACUUCUCAAACCGCUUCUCUCAUUCAUAGGCGUGGUCUAGCCGGUGGUGGAGAUCACCAUGGACCUCCGAAGGUCAACUUCUGGCAGGAUCCUUUGUCCCCAUCAAAAUGGAAGGAAGAGCACUUUGUGAUCAUCUCUUUGGCUGGAUGGGGAACCCUCUUCUAUGGAGGUUACAAGCUUUUUACUAGAGGAAAGAAAGAAAAGAAGGAAGAGAAGGUUGGGGAAGGAGCGCACUAGGUGCAGUCUCCAAGAAGAUGAUAUUGUUCGUAUGUGGUUAGACCUCCAGUUUUGAACAGUUUAGUUGUAUAUCACUCCUAAGUGGAUGAUGACUAUUGGCUUUUUUGUUGCUGUGCUGAUAAUUGAUGUAUCCAUCAACGUUUUCCAAUAUUUUAAAUAAUAAGCAUGGGAUUUUCUGGUAGACAACUUGUUAAAUGUUAAACAUUCACUCAUUAUUGUAUAAUGUUUUUCUAGCCAGUAA